AGACUGAUCGAUCUCUCAAAUCCUCUCCCCUCCCAAGGAGCUAAAAGACUGAGUACCAUGAACUCUGGAACAAAUUAGGGGAAUGGGAUGGAGUAGAGUGAGUUGUUCCACACUUUGGGACAUAGCUUUUAUCAUCUUCUUCUGGGGAGUAGGCAUAGAGACCUAAACACAGAAAAUGGGUGGAGGAAGAACUUCUGUACCCACAAACAGCCCAUGAAGAGUGAGAAUACCAAACAUAAAGUAAGGAGGUAAUUCAGAUCCACCUCCUAAAGAGACACUGGAUGAGACAAGGAAAGGAAAGACGGUAAAAAUUGUUGUAAGAAGUCUAUAUUCAGGAGGAAGUAAUCACAGAAAAGGAAGAACAGGCAGAGCAAGAUGUGUAGCUCUGUGGCCGCCAAGUUGUGGUUUUUGACAGAUCGUCGAAUCAGGGAAGACUAUCCCCAAAAAGAGAUCUUACGAGCAUUAAAGGCCAAAUGUUGUGAGGAGGAACUGGACUUUAGGGCUGUGGUGAUGGAUGAGGUGGUGCUAACAGUCGAGCAAGGAAACCUGGGUCUUCGUAUCAAUGGAGAACUAAUUACUGCCUACCCUCAGGUGGUGGUAGUGAGAGUACCAACCCCUUGGGUGCAAAGUGAUAGUGACAUCACCGUGUUGCGUCAUCUAGAGAAGAUGGGAUGCAGGUUGAUGAACCGACCUCAAGCCAUCCUGAACUGUGUUAACAAGUUCUGGACGUUUCAAGAGUUGGCAGGUCAUGGUGUUCCUCUGCCAGAUACGUUCUCUUAUGGUGGUCAUGAAAAUUUUGCUAAAAUGAUUGAUGAAGCAGAGGUACUGGAGUUCCCAAUGGUAGUGAAGAAUACACGGGGUCAUAGAGGCAAAGCAGUUUUCUUGGCUCGCGAUAAACACCAUUUGGCUGAUCUGAGCCAUCUUAUUCGCCAUGAAGCUCCAUACCUGUUUCAGAAGUAUGUUAAAGAGUCUCAUGGAAGGGAUGUACGUGUCAUAGUUGUGGGAGGCCGUGUGGUUGGCACCAUGUUACGCUGUUCAACGGAUGGGAGGAUGCAAAGCAACUGCUCACUAGGUGGUGUCGGGAUGAUGUGCUCAUUGAGUGAACAAGGGAAACAGCUAGCUAUCCAGGUGUCUAAUAUCCUGGGAAUGGAUGUGUGUGGCAUUGACCUGUUGACGAAAGACGACGGCUCCUUCUGUGUCUGCGAGGCCAAUGCAAAUGUAGGUUUCAUAGCCUUUGAUAAGGCUUGUAAUCUAGAUGUAGCUGGUAUCAUAGCGGACUAUGCCGCCUCCCUUCUGCCCUCUGGCCGGCUCACCCGGCGUAUGUCCCUGCUCUCCGUGGUGUCCACGGCCAGUGAGACUAGUGAGCCGGAGCUGGGUCCCCCAGCCAACACUGCUGUCGACAACAUGAGCGCAAGUUCCAGCUCUGUUGACAGCGACCCUGAAACCACGGAGCGAGAGCUGAUCACCAAGCUCCCGGGGGGCCUAUUCAACAUGAACCAACUGCUAGCCAAUGAAAUCAAACUCCUGGUGGAGUGAUUCCACCAGUAAAUAAUUAACCAACAAAACCCUUGUAAAACUUUCUUUUUCUUCUUUCCUUUUUUUCUUUCUUUUUUCUUUUUCUUUUUUUUCUUUUUUUAAAACCAACUUGCAAUGCUGUUCAUGGAGAAUGCUCAGAAAGAUGAGAGAAAAUUGAGUAGGAUUAGUUAGGCGGGAAGAAAGGGGAGAUAGACGAGACCUUUGCUACUAAGAUGUUACUGACUUUGAUAUACAAAUCCUACAGAUAGAGAGGCAGAAGAGGUGAGAUACAGAAAAAUGUCAGGCUCUCAUAGUUUUACAUUACUCAGAAAUGUGUAGGCUCUCAGGCCAUGAAGAACAUAAUAUUUUCAUGGUCUCUUGCUUUUGUUUUUGUACAGUUGGUACAGAUUUCAGAGUAGUGUAACUUAACAUUGUGUUGUAAUCCAUGAGGAAGACAUCUACCUAAAUUAUAAUUUUUUUAUACAAAUCUGAAAAUUCAGCCUAUACACUAUUAUCUAGGAGCUUUAUGUUCAUAGUUAUGAAAUCUUGAGGAGCUCUGUUACUGACUUUUUCCCCCUUAAUUUGGGUGGGAGGGCAACGUGAAUGUGACCCAAUAAAGAUUUUUUUUUAAUGAUAAAGUUGGCAUGUUUGCAUGAUAAAAGGGAAAUGAACAGUAUUGCAAUGUCUGGCACACAAAAUAACAUUUACUCCAUUGUAGAUAAAAUUGCACUAGUUAAAAAUAUGUGCAUUGACUUGUAUUUGUUAGUGUUUUAGCCUUUUUUGAAAGAUAUAUGCUCUGUUAAUGUUGCAUUUUUUUUUUUUAAUACAUGCUAGUCUUAACAUUCCCUGAUCUAUGCCUGCAUCUUUAACAAUGGCCAAAGUGAAGAAAAUGCUACCUUUUUUGUUAACAAGACACUGACUUGAAACAUGUGCAUUUAAAGCCUUUUAUUUUUUUCCUUUUUUCUUUUGGUGGUUGGGCAUUUAAAGAAUAAGGACAAGAAAAAAUAUUUUUGGGGGGCAAAUCAAGGGUCUAUAAGUUCCUAAGUAUAAAGUUGAAGUGAUUUCUAAUACCAGC